AAUAUGGAUAAUCACCUUUAUUUCAAACGACACAUGUGGAAGGGAAUUUCAAGUUUUACAAAACAGAAAAUUUUGUGUUAAUGAAGAAAAUAGUUUGUCAUCGUUAAGUUUGUGAGUAUUAUGAUAGAACAUGUAAUGUAUCUUUCACGGUAAUUAAAUAAUGUUAACGAUUAAAGAAUAAAUGAAAUUGUCAGCUGAGGUUUUAAUUUUUUAGCUUUUUAAUAAGGAGAUACCAAAAUUACUACACAAAAUAACAAUAUGAGUUACACUGAGAAACACGAGAACAUUUCUAAAGAUGACUGGAUGAACCGUCUCGAAGGAUUGCACAUUCAGCGUUCUGAUAUGAACAAACUGAUCAUGAAUUAUUUGGUAACAGAGGGAUUCAAAGAGGCAGCCGAGAAGUUUCAGCAAGAAUCUGGUGUGCAGCCAUCGAUAGAGCUUGAUUCGCUCGACGACAGGAUCAGAAUCCGUGAUGCUAUACAGAGUGGCCGCAUCGAGGAAGCUACGGCCUUGGUCAAUCAACUGCACCCGGAGUUGUUGGACAACGAUCGUUACCUCUACUUUCACUUGCAGCAGUUGCACCUGAUCGAGUUGAUUCGAAUUGGCCGAGUGGAGGAGUCGCUCCACUUUGCCCAGGAGCACUUGUCCGAGGCAGGAGAGUCCGACCCGGCCGUCUUGCAGGAGAUCGAGCGCACGCUGGCUCUGCUGGCGUUUGACGAGCCUCACAACUCUCCAUACAGCGAUCUGCUUCACCCGACACACAGGCAGAAGGUAGCAAGUGAAUUGAAUGCAGCUAUUUUGAAGAUAGAGAACAGAGAGCCAACUACGCCCAAAUUGUCGAGUCUCCUGAAACUGAUCUUGUGGGCCCAAGAUGAGCUGGACAAAAAGAAGAUCAAGUACCCCAAGAUGACGAGCCUUGCUGAUGCUGUCAUCGAGAGCCCCAAGUGACAACUGUGUCCACUCGAGAUGGCCUCCACCACUUUCUAUCUGCGUCAGUGACGUAGGAACACUGGCUCUCAAGUUUUGUGAUUUAACAUGUUUGUUUGUCCUCUCAAAGAAAUAAUUUGUCUCCUAGUCUAAAUGUUUUGAAAUUGUACUGUGCCCGUCAGUGUUUUUUUUAUGUAACAUCCCAUGCGGUAUAAUAAUACAGCUACAUAUAUAAGUUACUACAAAAGAUUUUCUCUCAAUUUGAAAUUGAGUUUAAUAUCAGUUAGCUGUCAGUUCCUUAAAAGACUAAAUAUUCUGACAACAAUAAUUAAUAUAACUGGAAAGUAAUGUGUUGUCUAUUGUCUUUGAUUGUGUACAUGUAAAUAAUGUUGCAAAAUAACUGCAUAUAAUAAAAUUUAUAUGGGUGUGUUUUGAAGGCAUAAAUUUCAGUUUCUACUUACACAAUAUCAAAAUAAUAAAUGCUGUACAUAAAAUGGCUUCAGUCAUAGCACAGUGUUGAAACUGUACACUGUAACUGUAAUUUUAUUGAAGAUGGUUGAAAGUAAGAGUGUUGACAGUAAAACUGUAAAAAUAUUAUUCUUACAACACCUGUCAAAAAUGUGCUGAAGUCUAAAAUGUUUUAUAUAUUAAAUUUUUGAGUCCUUUCUGAUUGUACUAUUAUAUAUGUAUUUAUAGUUAGCAAACCAGAAUGAAACUGGUUAUCGGGAUUAGUCAGACAGAUCGCUCCAACUUAGAACGGCAGUGCAUUACCACACACUGAAUCAAGAAAGAGCUCACAAUGUGUCUGUCCUUCUGUUGACAUGCCUGGUGAUUCUUUUUUUGCAUAGAGUGAAUAAAACCACAGGUUUUUUUCA